UGUGAGUUCUUUAUCAAGAGACACGAUGCCAAAUGAAUGGCAACAAUUCUUGAUAUUUCUUGUAUAGUUCUGUGCUUUGGUAUCAUUUUUAGACAGAGUUCUGGCGUUUAAACGUGUGCAUAUACUUUUAUAUACCCGAAAUCAGCACGACCCUUGAAUGAAGGUGUUGUGUUCGACAGUUAUGACAAUUCCGGCGACAAUUGUCGAUAAUUUUUGUAUAAUUCUGUGCUUUGAUAUCGUUUUUGAACGGAGUUCUGGAGGUUAAAUUUUUAAUUAUUCUAAUUUUUGUUAUACAUUGCAUAAAAUUGUUGUUUUAUAAAAUUGAAUUCUUAUCGAUAUGUAUGUACAUAUUUUGAUAUAUGAAAAAAUAUGCGUAACGUGUUUCGCAUCGAAUGGAAUUUUUAAACGUUGCUAAUAUCAGAGAGAAGCCUUCUCUCUGCUGAUAUAGAGACCAUAGAGUGUGUUCAGGCCUUCAGAGAGACGCUAUCAGCAUCAUCUAUCUUUGUUCUACUUUUAAUGAGUAAUGAAGAUAGACUGAUUUCUUGGCUGCGUUCCAUUUGGCGCUCACACUCACACCGCUGUGAGGGGAGCAUCAUUUCAUUUUUGUUGUUCAUCAUGAUUAAACAAGGACAAAUGAUGUUUACAAGCGCUGUAAGCGCCAAAGGGAACGCAGUCUUUGUUGGUUACCGAUAGCGUGGUAGCGUCUCCCCGAACGCACUCAUAAUUGAUCAUGUUUUGAUUCGCCUGUCGCCAUAAUAUUGAUACAUUUAUCUUUGCAUCUUAAUAUUUGAUUUUAUUUACAAAUAAACAUUGUUUCUAACAAGCAUAAACCGAAUCGUCCGUGUCCAAAGAGACGGGUGUCUUACAGAAGAACAAGUAUAUGGUAAAGGCAUGAUAGUCAUCCUAACCUAGUCAUCAACUUCAAUGCAACUUUAAUCCCGCGCAGGGGUGACCGUACCAUCAUUUGGGCAUAGUGAACCUACGCGGAUCCGAGCUCAUUAUUAUACGGACAAACACAUACACAUAUUUACAUAACAGUGUAAUAAAACCAGUGAAAGAGUCUGAGAGAAGUCCCGGUGUUAUACGUGCCGCAGAUCUGAUCUAAACUAAAAAUGGAACAGGCUUUAUGUUCCCACAAGAGCAUCACAUGGGAGAUCACGGACAAUUCUGUCGCAGGCAGAAUGAUCGACAACUCUUUGAUGCAUAAAUUCAAACAAUUGCGGAGAAUUCGAAGGAGAACUAAAGUGCUCAAUGCUGAAAUAAAGAAAGACUGCGGCAUGAAGGAGUACAAACGUUACAUAGAACUAAAGACUAAUGUGCUACGAAACGUGAUAAAUGACACCGACACUAGUGAUAGUAGCAAUCUCACUGACGUUGACUAUGAUAUUAUAUAUAGCUCGCCAUCGAAACGGGCUAAAUAUAUGACCAAGAAUUCCGAGAGGUAUCGUUUCACCAGUGAAGAAGAGUGUGAAAGCUACAAGAGGCUAAAAGGCUGUAAAAAGAGAAGUAGCAAAGACAGAAAUAUUAAAAAAAGAAAAGAAACAAAAUUGUCCCAGGUGAAGCAUACUUCAGAAUCUGAAGAAUGUGUCAACACAGGUUGGCAACAAAUUGUAAAACAUGACAGUAACAUAUCACGUAAUUUGCAAAAACAAAUGCACACAAGUACCUUGGAUAAUGAAGAAAGCAUUUUGGAGGAUAAUAAUCGUCUUGACGUUCGAUCUAGUGAGCAAGUUUUUUCUUCACAACUCGUGUCUGAAAAUUGUAUGACAUCUGCUGUAACAAAAUCUAGAAAGAAACACACAAAGCAGGAGCACAGAGAUUCUAAUGCAAUGGACAAUGAAUUGAAUUGUAAAGAUAACACAGUAUCCAAUAAAACAAAAUGUGUAGGAAAAAGAAAAAUACGGAAUAACAAAAAUCAAAGUGUGGCAAUCAAUAUUGAAUUUAAUUCACAUGAUUCAAAGUAUCGGCCGUUAGCCACUGAAGAAAAUAAUGAGUCAAAGAGUGAAUUAAACACUCUUGUUAGAUCAGAAGGUAACGAUAAUAAAUUAACAGUAAUUAAUAAAAAUUUAAUUAAGAAUCACAAUGAUACAUGUGUAAGUCACAGACCAGAAUUAUUAAAGAAUGUUAAAAGGAAUUUGAUAUCUGUAUUGGAAACAGCUGAUGUUGCAAAUAGUGAUAAGGAUGUUGAAACAGAUAAAAAUGUAGACAAAGAUGAAUUAAAUUAUGAUCAGUUAUAUUCAGCCAUUGCAAUUGUUGAUCAACACAGUACACUGUUAAAUAAAAUACAAACUAAGAAAAAAGAUUUAUCGCCAGAUGCUUCAUCACUAGACCAACAAAAAGAUUCUGGAAUCGAUGAAGAUACGCAAGAUAAAUUUGUCAAAGGCAAAAAAUGUAAUAAUAAUAUUCCAAUGACCCAGAAUAUUAAAAAAAACAUAGAAAAAAUACAUAUUUCCUCUCAACGACUGAAGAAGAUUGACGAAGUAGUUGAAACAAUGAAAAAUUGUAAGGAGAAUGUAAAGGACGUGCAUUUGAUAUUUAACGAUGACAUUUUAGAAAAACAAAUUAGUGAAGAAAAGCACAAACAUUUUACAAAAGCAAAAGAUUCAAGUGACCAACAGUUGCUAUCUCCUGAAAAAGAUGACAUAAAGGAUGCUUAUUCAGAGUCCUGUGAUCAUAUUCAAGAGAAAGAAGAUAACAGAGAAGCAAGGAAGCUCGCUAGAGAAAAAAUCUCUCUUAAAUUAAGUAAGGUCGAUAAGGAUGCAGGGGUUUCUUCAGUUAAUCACAAAGAAAAACGAGAUAGCGAAGAAGAAAGGGAGUCCUCUGGAAUAACAAUAAAUUCUCAUCAAUUAAAUCAGAGUGGCGAUGUCAUAGAGAUUUAUGCGACAAAUCACGAAGAUCAAAAUCAUUCUUUACAAUCAGAAAAUUUGUGCGAUAUUCAAAAGCAAACUCUACUAUCUUCUAAAGAAAAUCAUAUGAAAGAUGUACGUUUCAACGAAGAGAAGGAAGAAAAACAUUUCUUUCAAUUAAAACAGACUGAUAAUAAUACUAAUAUGCAAUUAACAAAUCAAGAAGAUAAGACUUGCAUAGAACUAGAGAUUACACAUGAUACACAAAAGCAGCAUUUGUUACCUAAAGUUACGUGUACUGAAAUUCUCGACAGAAGAUAUAAAAUAAUCGACAAAAAAGAUGUCGAAAAUAAUAUUGAGAACAUUGAUAAUAUUAAUAAUAAUAUGGACGCUGUCAAUGAAUGUAUUCCAAAAAAGAAUGAAUUAAUACAUUGUCCAGAUGUCAUCAGUGAGCAAAAAAUAGUAAUAAAUGAGGAAGAGGAAAUUGAUACGCCAUUAUUAAAUGAAAAAGAUAAUGAAGAAGAUAACAUAAAUUAUAUGUCGCCUCAAACUAGAAAACGACUUGAGCAGCAAGCGAAAUUGAAUCUAGUUGUGGACAGUGAUUCCAGUGAAAGCGAUGACGAUUAUGUAAUCACUAAAAGAUCGCGACACGUUAAUAAUUCACAUACAAACUGUUACAGCGAAGAUAAAUUGAAUGAUGAAACCAAUGGCACUUCUAAACAAACGAAAAUAAACAUUUCAGACGGUGAAAAUAUUUGUGAGGACAUUUUUGUACACAAGGAGGCUACAUCAAAAGUAGUAGAACUGGAAUCAACGAAUAUAAAGGAAAAAAUAAAGAAAAAAGCAGAAUCGAUAACAAGAUGUACAAAUGAAAAUAACGAUUCGUUUCAAUUUACGACAAACAAAGAUCCACUAGAGGAAACGCAAUAUUAUGAAAAUGUAUAUAAUGAUGAUGACCAAAACCAAAAUGGAAACUUUCAACCAAGAGUUUCUGAAAACAAUGUUACGUGCAAUGACGAGGAUUCUAUUAAUCAACUUCAAAGACAGAAACAAUCUUCUUUGUCAGAUAAAGAAAAUAUGUAUAGUAAAAAUAAUCAAAAUGAACAAAUAAUAAAUACUGAACUUGGAACGAGACAUGCAUCUGAAUAUGAGCAAAGUACACAAACGUCAACCAAAUGUUUAAGUGCACAACUUAAUAUCUCUAGCCAAUAUAGACCAUGUAAUUUACAACAGCUAGUUGAAGAUCAACAAUUACUUGUGGAAACAAUACCAGCGAGUUUUACAUUGACCGAUAUUUCUGAGGACGAAGAAGCUUUUCUCUUAAACAUUCCAAGCAAGGUAGUGCAAUGCAACUUGCAAGAUCAAAUACUAACAAUAAAAACAAAAUCGAUAAAAUUCAAUGAAAUUAAGUAUAAAAUUGUUUGCAAAGAAGUGAGUACUACAUCUUGCAUUUUUGCUACUGGUAAAACUCGAAAACCUUACAAGAUAGUAAAUAUUAAAAAUAUUAGUACUAUUACUGUACGAGAAAAAUUACAAGAUUCGAGAAAGUCAGACGUAUCAAAUUCUUCUAUUACUGUUUCUCCUGUAUCAAAAUCGCUAAAAAAGAAUCGACGAAUAGAUAAAAUACAUGCAAACGUGCAAAAAAUCUCAAAGCGCAAGAAGUGCAAACUAAAAGAUUCUAAAACAGGAUGUCUGUGAUGAAGAAAGGAUAAAUAAUAUUAUUUAAUUUUCAUAAACCUUAUCUGUAAAAAAUAAUUAAAAAAGAUGUAAAUAUGUAAAA